UCGAUGGCUCCCGAAGAGACCCGCUGAGGUUCCACCCGCCCUCCACGUCCUCCGCCCCCAGCUCUCCACCCCACCAUGUCGAAGGACGACGGGAGCUGCCGGCUGAGCUCGGUCUUCAAACCCAAAGAGCGGAAGCCCAAGAAGCCACACUACAUCCCCCGCCCGUGGGGGAAACCGUACAACUAUAAAUGCUUCCAGUGCCCCUUCACGUGCAUGGAGAAGUCCCACCUGUACAAUCACAUGAAGUACAGCCUGUGCAAGAACUCGCUGUCCCUGCUCAUUGACAAUGACUGGUCGUACAGGAAGGGGACCACACUGACCCCUGACCUCCGGCUCCUUCCCGCCCGCGGUCGGCGUGGCGGCGAGGCGGGAGAGGUGGAGGGAGACGUGGGCGGGGGUCCCGCCAAGUCGGGGGCUGCCGGGACUGGGGGGAGCGCAGGGGCUGGGGCCUUUCUCCAGGGGGGCCCGGGGGAGGGGCCUAGCCAGAGGAAGGCCGAGGGGGGCGGCCGCAGCGGUGCCCUACUCCUAGGCCUCGAGCCGGAGAGGGAGCCACCGCCCGAGUUCCUUAUCGCUGAUGUUGUUUCCCUGAAGAACCCCGGAGGGGUGGGGCCUGAGUCGGUGGCCCUCAUGGGAGAUGCCAGGGUCCCAUUGCCAGGCAGGGUGUCAAAGGGCUCCUCCGGGGGCAGGGGACCCCCGGUGGAGCAGUGGAAGCGGGCCGUCCCCGGACCCAGGCGAGGGGCUCAGGACAUCUCCCCUCAAAACUCUGACCGUCCCAUCAUCCCCUGCUACCCCCCACCGGCCUACAGUGACUACCAUGAGCCCCAGGGCCACAGCCUCUCCGUCCUGGGCAUCAACUACCCCUUGAACCACCCGGGCCUCUUCUCCUACCUGGGCCCCUCUGUGGUGGGUGGGGCCGUGGCUCACCCCCACGUGGCCCAGCUGCCUUUCCUGGCCUCCCCAGCCCCGACCCCCUUCCAGGCCCAGCCCGGCCCGGACAGGCCCGCUUUCCUGCCCCGCUUCUACUACCCACUGCUCUUUGAGCAGGCCUUGGGGGCGCCCGCCAGGAAGCCCGAGACCCCCACGAUGACCACGGCCACCCUGCCGGCGAAGGGACCCUUUGCGCUGCCCAAGGCCGGGUUUCUCAAGGUACCUACCCCAAAGGAGGGUUCCCUCUGGCCCCGGAGUCUGCGUGAGGUCCCCCAGCAGGCUUCCGGGGAGGAAGGGGAAGACGUGGAGGAGGAAGACAUGGGGAGGAGGUUGGGCCCGGAGAAGGGGGAUCCUACGGGCAGCGGCCUGAAUGGGAAGCUCCCCCGUGAGACCGGUGAUGGCCUCCCAGCGGACAGAGAUGGCACCACUUUGCUGGCCGGGGAUCCCAAGCCGGAGGCCGCUCCGGGCCCAGAGACCCCCAGCAUUCCCGGAGGUUUCUUGAAGAGGAAGUUGUCGUCUGGGACCGGCCCCUCCUUCUCGAGGAACCUCCCGCCAUCCGAGCUCCCCUCGAUUGGGAAGUCCAGCCCCCAUCACAGCAUUCAGGCUGGCCCAGUCCGGCUACCCAAGCCCCCCCGUCCUUGGGCCUCAGACGUCCCCUGCUGCCAGCCCCCCAGUGAUGAGGACCCCGGGGUCCUGGGGGUGCUGCCCCCGGGGGGCUCAACGAUGGACCAGCCAGCGGGGACCACAGCGCUUCUGUCCGGGGAGCUGUCCCGGACCCUGGGGGCCUACCAGACGGUGGAGAAGAAGCUCUCAGACCUCGCUGACGAGGACGGGCCAGCCCAGAAGCCCCUGAGGGAGCAGCUGGUGGAGAUCCAGAGAGAACUGCUCCGCAUCCACCAGGCCCUAGAGCGGGCCACCCGGCCACCUGAGGGACCCCUGGAUCUGUCACUGAAGAAGGAGCCCCCGGCCGGGGAGGAGCAGGCCACCGGGAAGCUGGGAGGCGCAGGGCCCAGGGGUAGGGGCCCGGGGGCCGGGGGCUGGGAGCGGGAGAAGAUCCUGGAGCUCCUGCCGCAGACAGGCCGAGCGGAAGGGGUCUCGGCCUCGCCGGAGCCUCCCGCCGGGGCGCCGGCCUUCCCUCUGGAGAUCCGCCAGGCCGUGGGGCCCCUCUGCGGUCACACCACCAAGUGCGAGGCUGACUCCAGCGUCCUUCUCUGUGCCGACGGCCGGGCCGGACCCCCCGUCCCCCCGCUGUCCAUGCGCGAGGAGGGGUCCCCGGGCUGUCGGGGGGUCCUGUGCUGCGGUCCGGGGAGCGGCGGCUCCAUGGGUCUCCCUGACCCCUGACUGUCACCCAGGGCCCCUCCCUGCCCGGCCUUGUGCACUUUGCUUUCUCACACGGCCCUUGUCUCUCCCACCCGGGCCCCAGCCUCCCCUCUUUCCCUCCUUCAUCCUCUAGGAAGGAGUCAAACAGCCCUUCCCUCCCUCCCCCUCAGAAGUGAACUGAUGCCCCCUCUUCUCCAGCCACCAAUUAAUCAAACAAUGGUAUUUAUUGAGUGCUUACUGUGAGCGUAGAAUAUAACAGAGUUGGUAGACGUGUUUCCCACCCACAGGGAGCUUACAGUCUAGACAGGGAGCUUAGGAGGGGACUGGCUCCCCUUGGCAUG